UAUGUUAAAUUCAAGUAUCUACAGUAAUGAAAGCAAUUCAGCUAUAAAGACAAAAGGUAAUUAAGCUCAUUUACUUUCAACUGCAAUAAGCAAAUUAGGAGAUUCAAGUUUCAAAUCAAGAAACUAAGAAUCUAAAAACAUAUCUCCAGUGAGAUUAAGAUUGUUUAGAGACUCACCAAAAACUUAUAAAGGACUAGAAGGUUGUGUUGUAGGAUAAUAUCAGUAAGAAUUUACAUCUAUUUUAGUCCUCUUCCUCCAACUCAUGUAGUAUAUUCGAAUGAUAAAACACCAUCUCCUUAUAGAUCAGCAAGAACAUUUAAAGAUUCUCCAGAAAGAGCUAAGGUCAAGUUGAAUCAAUUUAAAGAUUGGAACUCUAAAUUAGACAUUCAAUUAUAAAUAUAAAAUAAUUAGAUUGCAAAAUUGAACAAUCAACUUAUCCAAUAAAGUUAUCAACCUUAUCAACAUAAGAGCUCUAAAUCAAAUUUAUUUUCAACUAGUAGUCCAUCCAACUUCUAAAAAUUUGGUAAAUAAAGUGAUAUAUCAUCACUUUCUUCAAGAUUGAAUUAAGUUCCAAUAUCUUAGAUAGUCAAUUAUUAAUUAGGGUAUUAAUAGUUAAAUAAUAUAAUAGACAUUAAAGUGAAUUGAAUGCAUUAUAGUCAUCCUUAAGUAGAAUAAUGAAAACAAGUAGAAUAUGA